GCAACCCCCCAAAAAACAAAUAAAAGCACACUAAUUAUACUCUGUACCUCUGUCUAGCACAAGACACAAUGUCCAUCCCUCAGUUCUACUCCACACCACUAUCGUGGAAAUCCAGGCAGAUCAGCUCUCAGAAUGAUCUCUUGUCAGAAACGGUAGACCCCCUUGAAGAGAUGCACAUGGACUUGAGCCCAAGCAUCCAUGAGAUGACCUCCUCUGUUGUUGGAAUUCCGGAACCAACACAAUGGAGACAGCAGUCGGAAGGCUCCGCCUCCCUGGUUUCUUCUAUGAGUUAUGAUUUGUCAGAAGAGGACAACUUCCUGAUGGAUGAUGUAUUUGCAGAUAUCUAUGAUGACAGCAUCGGCGAGGUCUACGAUGAUAGAGAUGAUGCAACCACCUCAAACAAUCCUUUCUCCUUUGAAGUUGUGUGCCUUCGUCAGGACUUUUUCGGUGAAUCCCCAUUCAUGAAUCCUCCCUAACUGAAUGAGUGGCUAAUCGCAUUCCCUUCUCCCUUGAUUCCACUUCAAUCGGUUACCACAUCAAUGCCAACCCCUAAAACAGUUGUUGUCCCCCCAAGUCAGGGUUCAAAGCACCGAAGAAACAAAAGCCUCACACAAUUGGCCCCUCAGCGUGGUGUGGUACCAAGACGGCGCACGGAGAGCUCUCCUUUCUCCGUUCUACAUCUCCUUGAUUCAGCGAUCUAUCAGCCAAAGCCGAACUGGGCUUGCCCGAUAUUGCUUCAUUGCAGCUUUGCUUGAUUGGGUACGGUAUUCAGCCUGGACAUAGUUAAAAAUUAGCGGUCUCUAAAAGAGUGGACCAGCAAAGAAGUAGUACACAUGACUCCUCAUGCGCUUCGUGGGCGGGCAAGCAAAACAACCACUGUAGCUAGAAUCUCCAAAGAGAUACUAGAUAUACAUAACAUAAAAUGAAGUAAACCAAGUUGAGUCAUUA